AUGAGUAAAAAACAACCUGGACGUCCUAAAACUGCAUGUAACGCAUGUGCUUUAAACAAAGUAGCUUGCAAAGGAAUUUUUCUUUAUUGUGAAAAGUGGGAAACCACUCAAAAUUGCCCUUCAUUACAAUUUAAUACACAAAUAUCUUAUCCAAAUCCGUGUAUUAGAUGUACUCAAAUUCAUAAGCCUUGUAAUGGUAAUUACGCAUUAUGUUAUAGAUUCCCAUGGCAUCUUUUUUCAGAUAGAGAUAAUAUUGUUUUAUCUGAUAAAGAUGCUAUAGAAAUUGAAGGU